AAAGAUUCAUACAAAUAGCCACUCAAGUCUCAACCCACUAGUACAAUUAUCUACAACCUUCAACAAGGUGUAAAGCAAAGAAACACACAAAUUUAGAGAGAGAUGAUUAGAAGAGAAGGGAAAGGGCCUUCUUCAAGAGAUCUAUUGGUAUGUUUUCCUACAAGAGCACAUCUUGCAUUGAUGCCAAAACCGGCUUCUAGCCCGCGUCGACACCUCCACCACCACCAAAAACACCUUAGAAAGUCUAUGAGAGGUGGUAGUACGGGUGGCCAUGCAAGUCCGUAUAUGUGGUCAGGAACGAAGCAGAUGGGCUCAGAUAAUUUAUCUGAGCCCACCUCUCCAAAAGUAACUUGUGCCGGUCAGAUCAAGGUCAGGCCUAGCACAAGAUCAUGCAAGAACUGGCAAACCGUCAUGGAAGAGAUUGAAAGAAUUCAUAUCAAUAGAAAGAAGAAAUCUACUUGGGUGGAAGCAUUCGGGUUUAAGAAAGAAGUCAUGCAGUUCUUAAGUUGCUUAAGGAGUAUUAAGUUCGAUUUUCGCUGUUUGGGGGCAUUUUCUCAUGUAGAUAUCACUUCAGAUGAUGAAGAAGAAGAUGAUGAAUAUAACAAUGAUAAAGAAAUCAACCAACAUGACAAAGAUCACCAUGAUCAUGAUAUCAAUGAAGAAGUUUCAUCAGGAACUAUGUUUUCCAAAUGGUUUAUGGUCCUACAAGAGAAUCAAGAUUGUGGAAUUUUUGAGAAAGAUGAAAAAAGUUUGAAACCAAAAGAAACAGAAGAUCAUCAUCAUCCAUGUCUGCCACCUCCAAAUGCACUUUUGCUUAUGAGAUGUCGAUCCGCUCCGGCUAAAAGCUGGAUGGAGGAGAAAGAAGAAGAAGAAGAACAGCAAGAGAAAUAUGAUGAUGAUCAUUACCAUGACCAUGACCAUGAUGAUGAUCAUGAUCAAGAACAUGAAGAACAUGCUAAGAAAGAUCAGAAACUGGAACAUACAAAAAGCAAAAGGAAGAGUUUGUCGGAACUGAUGAAAAAUGAAAGUGAUUUCUAUAAAUUAUCAGUUGAUGUUGCAAAGGAAACAUGGGUUAUUGGUGGAAUUCACAAAGAUCCAUUCUCAAGAAGUAGAAGUUGGAGAAGAUGAUCAAAAUCCAUUAUCAACCUUGUUUCUCUUUUCUUUUCUUUUUAUUAUUUUUCCCUUUUAUGAGAGCUUUGUAAGUAUUUUGUAGAUAACAUGCCCAAAGUAAUUGUCGUAUAAUGUUUACAAGAUAUGAUUUAAAUGUUUUCAGCU